AUGGCCAAGAUCCAGCCCCUUCCUUCCUCUCCCUGCUCCAUCUCUUCCUCCGAUGAUCACCAGCAGGGCAGACAGGCGUACACGCUCUGGAUGAAGUCGCUGGUGUUCAACGGCAACGGCUGCGCGGUGUACGGCCCAGACGGCGCCGUCGCCUUCCGCGUCGACAACUACGGCUGCAGGGGCGGCCGCGAGGUCCUCUUCAUGGACCGCGCCGGCAACGCCCUCAUCAGGAUCAGGCGCAAAGGCGGCAUGUUCAGGAGGUGGGAGGUCUGCCGGUGUACCCACGACGGAGGCGAGGGGGACGAGGCGACUCCUUGGUUCAGCGUGCGCCGGGCCGAGAAGGGCGGGGCCGCAGUCACGAUGCACGACGGCGCGGGGACGUGCUACACGAUGGACGGAUGCUCGCGCAAGCCGGAGUACAGAAUCCGCGACGUCGAUGGCAUGGUCGUGGCCGAGGUGGCGCGGAAGCAGACGGCGGCGGGUGUGGUGCUCGGAGACGACGUGCUGACGCUGACGGUGGGGCCGGAGGUGGGCCACCUGCUCGUCUUGGGCUUGGUCGCCGUGCGUGGUCUCAUGAACGGAUCCAUGUGA